ACUACCCUAACCGUACUGCCUGACGGGAGAAUGUAAGAUGGCGGCGGCAGGUUGCAGACGGACGGAACGGUUCGUGUGUUUCUGUUUCUGAGCGGACAAACAUUCAAACUUGGGGCGGAAAACUCGCAGCCAUGGCGCAGGGGUACAGCGGGGACACGGCCAAGGCGCUGGGCCUGCUGGAGGACCUGAAAGGCAUCAUCGUGAAGCAGGAAAACACGAUCCGCGUGCAGCAGCUGAAGGUGGAGCUCCUGUCGAGCCGAGCCCGUGAGCUGGAGGCGGAGAGGGACGUGCUCCGGCGGCGGGUGGACGAGCUCAGCCGCGAGCUGCGAUCCGGCAGGACCCGCUCACAGUUCUCCACGUUCAAGCCAUACCCAAGCCCCCGACCAGCGCUAGUAGGGAGUGAGGGAGACACAGUAGUCCAUGCUGAGGCACUAGAGGGGACGUCCGCGCAGGGAACAACGUCGCCUUCGUCGAACUUUGACCGCGAGUUCAAAGGUCAGGAGCGUAAGAAGUCGCUGAAGCGAAUCCAGCAGGAGGAGGAUGCGAUCAAGCGGUCGCGCUCGGUGGGAAGCGAGUACGAACUGUCCAUCGACUUACAACACAAGCAGAUCGAGCUGCUAGAACGGAAAUACGGCGGCCACUUCAUCGCGAACCGUGCCGCCCGCGUGAUCCAGCGCGCCUUCCGACACUACUGCAUGACGCGCAACUUCCAGAAGCUGCGGAAUGCGCAGCUGGAGAACCGGAUGUCGCGGAGAAUCGACUGGCAGACGCUCCGGCUAUCCACCAUCGAGGUGGACGAUGACAUCACGGCCUCGCUGGGUCGUGGCGGGGUGAAAGGUCACGGGUCGCGGUCCAUGACGAUGCCGUCCGUGGCGGAAAUUCGAGAGACUUCGUUAUUAGACAUGCCCGAGGAGCACAUGACGUUAACGAACGUGCUCGGUGGCGCGGCGGGGUCGCGGUGCCGCACCUCGAGCGGGAGCAUGUCUCGGCAGGACAGCUAUCGCCUCGCCGUGCACCCCGACUCCGACCUGAGCCAGGAGGCCACGCCCGAACACGCCAUAUAUGGUGCCAGGGAGAUGGCUAUCCAGGACCAGAGGGCGCUGAUCGAUGCUGACUAUGAGAUGACUCUGUAUGUGGAACAGCAGAAACAAAAGGCUGCUGACGGGCACAGCGGUGACAGUGGGAUCCGAAUGAGCCGCAGCAGUGACGAGGGCAGCGGGUCGGACAGCACGGCCAGCCGCAGCAGCCGCGACCUCAGCGACCUUGGGGAGGUGUCGCACGAAGCCGGACGGGUCGAGAUGCGCCCGGUUCCCAGCGUAGUGGUGGACAUGACCAGCCCGGGUGCGCGGAUGUCUCCGGACGCCGCGCUGAUGCGCCGGGGCUCGCCGCAAAGCGGGCGUCGGAGCGGGACUCCGGAAGCCUCGCCGGUCUGGAAGCACAAGCAGCUGGGACGGGUUGCCGUGGCGACCAACGGGGCACAGCGGUCCGCGGGUUCGGACGUGUCGGACGGAGACAACGACAGCCAGGGCAGCAGCUCAAACACGCCGGACAAUAUGAGCCUAUCGAGCGAAACCAUCAGCCUGAGCGGGUCGAGCUCGAUCCACGGCGUGUACAAGGGCAUGUCUCGGGACUCCGCUGUGUUCACACCCAUCAACGAUGUCCAGAGGAAGAGGCAGUACAGAAUAGGGCUCAACCUCUUCAACAAGAAACCAGAGAAGGGCAUCGCGUACCUUGUUGAUAAAGGCUUCCUGCAGCACACCCCCCAGGCGGUGGCGAAGUUUCUGCUGAGCAGACGAGGGCUGAGCAGACAGAUGAUCGGGGAGUACCUCGGCAACUGUCAGAAGGACUUCAACAGAGACGUGCUGGACUGUGUGGUGGAUGAGAUGGACUUUGCUGACCUGGAACUGGAUGAGGCCCUGCGGAAGUUCCAGUCCCAGAUCAGAGUACAGGGCGAGGCACAGAAGGUGGAGAGGCUCAUCGAGGCAUUUUCUCAGAGAUACUGCAUCUGCAACCCCAGCGUGGUUCACCAGUUUAACCACCCCGACACCAUCUUCAUCCUGGCCUUCGCCAUCAUCAUGCUGAACACAGACCUGCACAACCCCAACAUCAAACGGGAGAGAAAGAUGAAACAGGAGAACUUCGUCGAGAAUCUGAAAGGCGUGGAUGCGGGUGGAGACAUCCCGCGUGAGAUCCUGGUGGGGAUCUACGAGAGGAUAUCCAAGACGGAGCUGAAGACGGGCCCGGAUCACGUGACCCAGGUCGCCAAGGUGGAGAAAAACAUCGUGGGCAACAAACCAGUGCUCUCUCUGCCCCACCGGCGCCUGGUUUGCUAUUGUAGACUUUACGAGAUCCAUGACCCAAAUAAGCGGGAAAAGCUAGGGCUGCACCAGCGUGAGAUCUUUCUCUUCAAUGACAUUUUGGUGGUGACUAAGAUCCUAGCCAAGAAGAAACACGUGGUGACGUACAGCUUCCGACAGGCCUUCUCACUGCUGGGGAUGCAGGUGCUGCUCUUUGAGACGUCUCAUUAUCAAUAUGGAGUCAGAUUGACAACAAUGAUAGACAAUAAGGUUCUGAUGACAUUUAACGCGCCCAACGCACACGACCGUGAGAAGUUUGUGCAGGACCUGCGGGAGUGCAUCCUGGAGGUCAACGAGAUGGAGAAUCUCAGGAUAGGAGAGCUGAUGCGACAGCAGUCGAACAUGUCGGUGGGGAACUACAACACCCUCAGUACCUCGGACAUUCACCAGGCCAAUGGCGGGCCGGUCAAUCGCAGCUUCGACGACACCGCCAAGGACAGGCAUGCGCUGGGCGCCGACAGCGCGCUGAAGAGAACGGCGCUGUCGAACUCGCUACGGGACAUCACGGAAGCCACAGGCAAAAGAGGACGCCGUAACAGCGCAGGUUCCCUGGACAGUAAUAUGAUUCCGAGCGGCCGUCCUGAGCCCAGCAUGAAGCGCUCGGAGAGUGAGCAGGACACGACGAGAACGUCGCUGCGCCACUCCAACUCCUCGCUCUUCGGCGGUCUCUUCUCACGAAAACACAAGUCCACAUCCAAGGCCAGCAUGACCAGCGUCAAGAGCGACGUCAGCGUCGGCAGCACAACUUCCUCCAACUCCAGCUCUGAAGCCUAGCAACCGUAUCCUAGCAACCUCCAACUCCAGCUCUGAAGCCUAGCAACCGCCUCCUAGCAACAAAGCUCCAGCUCUAUCCUUGCAACAUCCUAGCAACCAACUCCUGGCGACUGCUCCUUCCUACACCAGCUCUGAAGCCUAGCAACCGUAUCCA